CUUCAAAUUAUGAAACUGCUGAAAGAAAACAUUGGAGAAACUCUCUAGGACAUUGGAGUGGGCAAAGAUUUCUUGAUUAAUACCCUACAAAGCACAGGCAUCCAAAGCCAAAAUGAACAAAUAGGUUCACAUCAAGUUAAGAAGCUUCUGCACAGCAAAGGAAACAAUCAACAAAGUGAAGAGACAACCCACAGAAUGGGAGAAAAUAGCGGCAAACUACCCAUCUGACAAGGGAUUAAUAACCAGAAUAUGCAAGGAGCUCUCAGUGAUAAUGUAAUAACCCAGGCUUCUUGCAUCAUGUGACCUUCCAUCCUUAACACAUGGCUCCCAGGGUUGCCCUGCAAUUGGUUUCCAAUCCAAGGAGUCAUCUUCAGAGGUGUGGGUGCCUCUGUGAAGUAGGGAGUAAGUCUUUCUGAAUCUGGCACCUUCUAUUCCUUUCAAAAAUAUCUCACUUUUCUAAUUUCUUUCUGGCAGACUCAGCCCAAGUCUCUGUGUCCAUCACCUGGGAGACUGUCUGAGGAACUCUGUGAAGAAAGUCUUUUCCACAGAGAAAUGAGAGCACCCUCAAAGUCAUCAACACAGAAGACUUCUGUGACCAGAUGUGAGAAGUGUUUCUCUCCACCACCAAGCAAGCAAUCAAGUCUGCAGUGGACACCCAAUGAGUGGCCUCCAAUUCAACUCCAACACUAUCUACCUGGAGGUAGCAUCAGAUCCCACAAGUUGAGGGCUCUGUCCCCAAGGCUGGCCCCUACCACUGCCAGACACCAGCUGAUUAUAAAGGAUAUUACAGAUGAAGAGACGUAUAGGGUGAAGUAUGGAAAAAGGAGCACGGACCCUCCAUGCCCUCCCUGGACCCACUGCCCUCCAGGAAUCUCCAGGAACAUAAAGGGAUUUUCCUUCAAUCGUCACUCUGAGAACCUGGGAGAACUCCAGAAGAGUGUGCCUAAUAAUAAGAGCAAACCCCUGCCACAUGCCAGAUGCAGUUCUAAACACUUUAUACAGAUGGAUACACAUUAUACAUUUAAUCUUCAAAACAACGCUGAGAGGCAUUGUCAACGGAUCACGGGUCUUUCUCAUUCCCUGAACUUCGCCUCGGAACUUCUCUCAGCAAAAGAUGUUGCCCACUUGCCAUUUCUAGGCCAGGAGGAAGAGACUGGAAUUCUGGAGAGUCUUUCUUGUUUUGUCUCAAGGUAAGACAGCAUGACUUUCAGAUUAGUUAUUAAAUUCCUCAGAGCCUGUGUUGACUCAUCUGAAACUACGGAUCAUAACUUCACCUAAUUAUCCUAUAUGGUUCUUGGGAGGUUUAAAUGUUAUGAGGGGUAGGGAAGUGCUUUGAAAGGUUAAAAGAACAAGACACUCCCGAGAGAGUAGCAAGAGCUCCCAUAAUUCACAGAAAUUAAAGUGUCUUUGCCAAGGAGAGUAUUCCAUUAAGUACUGUUUAGAACAGAGAAGAUCCCAUUUCAAAAGGACUUCCUGCUAAAUAAUUAGAAAAAGGAAAAGAAAAGAGGAAGCAAAUGGAAAAGGAACACAGAGAGAGGACAUGACUUGGAGUCAGAGGCAUUAGAGUCAAGUCUAAAUUCACCUCUUGCUAACCAUGAUGUUUGGAAUAGGUUACUAAGCUACCAUGCAUUACAUGGAGUGUACAAUAGUCACCUCUCAAGGUAAUUGGAAGUAUGAAAUGAGUUCAUGUCUGCGAGAGGGACUAGUGCAGAGCCAGGCAUAUAGGGACUUGGUGAACUCCCAGCCUCAGUGAGGGAAAGGAACCACUGCUUGAAGCCUGCCUGGUCCCACACAGUAUAGAGAAUUAGGUUUUGCUAUGUUCCCAUCCAUCCAUCAUCCAUCCAUUCUUCCAACUUCUAUGGAGCAUGACUACUUGAUGUUGAACUGGGAGAGUGUGUGCAUUGUUGUUGAACAUUUCCCUGACCUCAGAACCACCAUGAGGGAAAAGAGAGCCAUGCAUGAUGUGAUUUGAGCAGUACCCCAGGAUCCCACUUGCCCCACAAUUUUACCUUCUUUAAGCUUUUGAGUCUCUCUUUGGAGAACUUCUCUUUACCACUCUGACUCUUGUGCUCCUGAGGAGGAGGUGGGCCUCCCUAGGCAAUUAAGGGCAGCUAUGGGCUAGAAGAAUGCAUGCCACCGAGUGGAGGUGUGCAGGGCACCGUGUGCAGCACAGAGGCUGGGGAGGGAUGAUAGGAACCCCUGUCUUUGAGGAAGUUAUUACAGUGAGCCAGGAGUUCUGGAAUAUGUUGUCUCAUGCAGUGCUUUAACCUGUCCUUCUCUUUGGCACUUCUCAGCACUGGGACUAGUAAUAUAAUCAUAUUUUUGCAAAGACAUGCCUUCAUCUCUCAUCAUUUUUACUUCCCCAAUCUGGGUUCCAGGCAUUGACUCAGAGCCCUUCGAUCCAUACUCUUUCUUGCCUCCAGAAAGCUCUUGCCUACUAUUCUGUGGCCACCCUCACUGCCCUACUUGUUCCCCUGAUGAGUGAAUGCUCCUAUGAGAGCACUAACCCUCCUUCAGUGAGGUCUUUCAACCACUUGCCUUUCUUCUGCUCUGGUCUGUAAGUUAUGCCAGGGCAAAUAUUUGUCUUGGGACCUGCCAUAUCCUGAGCACCUAAAAAAGUCUGGAAUAUAGGAGGUGCUCAAAUAGGUGUCAGUUGACUAUCAGCUCUUCUUUCUGGAUGGUGAGCCCUUAGAUAAUGGGGUCAACAUCUUCUAAUAUUUUCAAGCCUCUACUAGACACCUCACAGAACAUAGCUUAUUGCUAGGUGCUUAGUAAACGCUUGAUGAAGAAAAGAAUGAGUGAGUUCAUGUCUUAUAAAAUGGGCAGAUCCCUAGGGAUCCCAUUCAAGGCUACAGAUAACGUGGGAUGAUGUGCUGAAUAUUUUCUAGAGCCCCUGCAGAUCCAUUGUCCACCCUUGCUUACCCUGUUUGGUACUCAGGAAGUUGACCUUUAUAAGAUGAUAUUGACAGGUUAUUUUGACCUCUGCUUGGGUUCAGUCAAUGGGAUGUACCAAUAGAUUAUAAGUAGGGAGAAGAGUGAAGUCUAGGUAUAGUAGAUCCUCAUCAUUUGCAGAUUCUAUAUUUGCAAAUUUGUCUACUCACUAAAAUCUAUUUGUAAUCCCCAAAUCAAUUUUCAUGGCACUUUCAUGGUCAUUCAGACACGCACAGAGUGGUAAAACAUUUUGAGUCACUGGUUGUGCACGUCCCCAGCCGAGGCAAACAAGGUGACAUAGACUCUGCCUUCUUGUUUCAGCUCUCAUAUUGAAAAAAAUUUCAGCCAUGCACAGUGGCUCAU